AUGGUCGCCAACAAGCAAGUUAUUUUCACCAAGAUUCCUUCUACUUUCCCUGUUGCUGGAGAGCACAUGCAAGUCAAAGAAUCCACCAUCGAUUUGGAGGCCGAACUUCCCAAGGGUGAUUUCAUCUUGAAGACUCUUGAAAUCUCUGUCGAUCCUUACAUGAGAGGUCGUAUGCGUGAUGCCUCUAUUGACUCUUAUGCUCCUGCCUUUGCUCUUAAUGAACCCAUGACUGGUGACACCAUGUCAGUCGUUGUCAAAUCCAACAACCCCGAUUAUAAGGUCGACGAUCUCGUCUAUGGUCGCACUGGACAAGGUAUCUUUGCUGAAUACGUUCAAGUCAAUGCUCAAUAUGCCAAACAUGCUUAUGUUGUUCGUAACGAUGCCAAGAAAAAUGGUCUUCCCCUCAGCCACUAUGUUGGCGUCCUUGCCAUGCCUGGUAUGACCGCCUAUUAUGGUCUCCACAAAAUUGGUAAGCCCAAGAAGGGCGAGACUCUCUAUGUCAGUGCUGCUGCUGGUGCUGUUGGUCAGCUGGUUGGUCAAUUCGGUAAGGCAUUGGGUCUGUACGUGGUUGGUUCAGCUGGUAGCGAUGAAAAGGUUAAAUACCUCAAGUCUAUCGGUUUUGACGACGCCUUCAACUACAAGAACGGCGAUAUCGAAGAAAAUUUGAGAAAGACUUGCCCCAAGGGUAUUGAUGUCUACUUUGAAGGUGUUGGUGGUAAAAUGCUUGAUGCUGUCUUGGCUGUCGCUAAUAACUUUGCCCGUAUCAUUGCCUGUGGUAUGAUCUCUCAAUACAAUCUCGCCAAGCCUGAGCCUUUGUAUAACAGCAUGUACAUUGUCACCAAGAGAAUCAAGCUUGACGGUUUUAUCAUUAUGGAUCACAUGGACUUUGAGGAGACUUUCCUCAAGGAUGUUACCCCCAUGUUGACCGAUGGUACAGUCAAGUACAAGGAAGAUAUUGUCAAGGGUAUCGACAACGUUCCUCAAGCACUUGUUGAUGUCUUGAAGGGCAAGAACUUUGGAAAGAUGGUUUGCACCAUUGCCGAAUUGUAA